CCAUAUCAUUGUUUAUAUAUAUAUAUUUUAUAAUACAUUUAACAGCCUUUGAAAUGAACAGGAAGAGUGGAAAGCAUCGCUCUGUCAAAUACAGUCAAUAAAAGAAAUGAACAUAACCUUGUUGAGGUACCCGCGGAUGUAGGAUCGAUGGAGCCAGGUGCUCCUAAUUGAUACCAACGGCGCAUUGAUUAAAUUCGAUCCGUAGUUACGUCACGCGUUAUUCAACUUGUAUGUACACCGUAUUUAAUCAAAUUGAGAGCGUUAGAGCAGGUUUAACUGUAAGCGGCGUUAAGUCAUCUGGAUCCAGUGCUUCAAUGAACUAAACCAGAUCAGCAGAAAAACAGUCAAACGGGAAUUAUUUCUGCUCCGAAAGGGCUCACCCCAACCCGUAUGAAAGAUGAGUCAAAAAGCGGAUGGAGGACUCCUCCAGCUCGGACAGGACACGCACAACUCUCCUGGAAAGACCUCGUCAGAAGUGAACGCCACCGCAAGGCCCUUCACUGUGAACCAGAGCAGCGUGGUGUGUCUCCCCCUGGUCUCUGACAGCCAGAGGAUCAUAUGGGUGUCCUCGGACCAGAUAAACCUGCAGCUGGACGGUGCGGACAAGCUGAGCGAGGCCUUCGACCACUUUCCCUACCUGACACGGGAACGGGCCGCCGCACUGGCGCAGCACUGCUCUCUGCACCCGGACCAGGUGAAGGUGUGGUUCAUGGCACAGAGGCUCCGCUACGGCAUCAGCUGGGACCCUGAAGACAUCCCCGCUGUGCGGAAGAAGUUGGCGUCGGGUCCGGGUGGAGUGAUGGGAGAAAACGGGGGAUUAGAUAAGGAAAUGCAGCCGGAGCAACCGAAGAAGAAGAAGAAGAAGCUCAAAAGAAUGACUGUACCCGACGAAAUGGGAAAGAAGAGAGUGAAGCACGGGGGAGACGGUGUUGGGGGGAGAGCGGAGGGGGAAGAAACAAGAAGUGAAGGAGCUAAUGUGGAGACGACACAUUUGGGCAAAAAGAGGAAGGCCAAAUCAGGCCAAAGACUAGCGCCCGUCCAGCCGUGGCCUCCCCGCCGCAGCCUGGAGGCGCCCAACGACCUGCUGGAUGCCAGCUGUCAAACCCGGGCCUCCCCUGCGCCCCCCGUCCCCUGCGUCCACCGAGGGCCGCUGAAAACGGAGGCGCAGACCGACCUCGACCUCGACGGGGAGGGAGUCGCGCUCCCCGGCCGCGUCCGCUUAAGGGCCAGGUCGCAGGCCCAGUUGGAGAUGAUGCAGGCGGCGUUCGCGCAGUGCCAGUAUCCCAACGUGGAGGACUACAACCGCCUGUCGGAGGCCAUCGAGGUGCCGCGCUACGCGCUGGUCCAGUGGUUCGGCGACAUGCGCUACUACGUCAAGAAAUUCCACCCGCGCUGGCUGAGCGGCGAGCAGUACGCCCGGGCGCUGGCCACCAUCAGGGACCAGCAGCACCUGAGGUCGCUGGAGAAGGUUCAGCCCCGAGGGAGCUGCGGCGAGGAGCAGAGCAGGCCGGUGUCUCCGAAGGAGAAAACGGCGCAGCAGCCCGCGGGCCUAAUGCCCCUCUGAAAGGGAGCGCGUUUCGUCUAAGGCUGGACGUUUUAAACUUACAGGCGGACGUUUGAUGGGGCCGUGCAAAAAUUGAGACACAGUCUCAAGAAGUUGCCUUUUAUGUUCUUCUGC